GCCCCCCGGCUUCCCGCGCUCAGCAGCGGCAGCAGCAGCGGCCUGUCCCGGGCCCUCCUCCGCAGAGGAGGGGCCACACUCCGCAGCCAACUUCGGGGGAGAAAAUGUCUGGAAUUCCGUUUCCGCUUUAGGGAGUGGACGGUGAUUUUUUUUUUUCCACGUCAAACUCUGGACAGUUUAGUUUGAGUCUGUCCCGGAUUAAAACACGACGAUGGCGUCCUCGCCUCAGAAGUCCCCGUCCUCUCCGAAAUCACCGACCCCUAAGUCCCCGUCCUCCCGCAAGAAGGAUGACUCUUUCCUGGGGAAACUUGGAGGAACUUUGGCGAGGAGAAAAAAGGCUAAAGAAGUGUCCAGCUUCAGGAGGAGGGAUAAACGCCAUCAACCUUCCUCUCAGCCCGUCCCACAUGAGCUCGACCCCGAGGACACCAUGCUCGAGGAGAAUGAAGUGCGCACCAUGGUGGACCCAAACUCCAAGAAUGACCGCAAAUUGCAGGAGCUCAUGAAGGUGCUGAUCGACUGGAUAAACGAUGUUCUGGUCGGGGAGCGGAUCAUCGUCAAAGAUCUGGCUGAAGAUCUGUACGAUGGACAAGUCCUGCAGAAACUGUUCGAGAAGCUGGAGGGUGAGAAACUGAACGUGGCCGAGGUGACCCAGUCGGAGAUCGCCCAGAAACAGAAGCUGCAGACGGUUUUGGAACGAAUCAACGACUCGCUCAAACUUUCCACCAGGAACAUUCGCUGGAACGUCGACUCCGUCCAUGCUAAGAGUAUAGUUGCCAUUCUGCACCUGCUGGUGGCGCUGUCGCAACAUUUCAGAGCUCCGAUCAGAUUGCCGGACCACGUUUCUAUUCAAGUCGUGGUCGUCCAGAAAAGAGAGGGCAUCCUUCAGUCCAGACAAAUCCAAGAGGAAAUCACCGGCAACACAGAGGCUUUCUCUGGCAGACAUGAGCGUGACGCCUUCGACACCCUGUUCGACCACGCUCCAGAUAAACUCAACGUCGUCAAGAAGACAUUGAUCACCUUUGUGAACAAACACCUGAACAAGCUCAACCUGGAGGUGUCUGAGUUGGACACACAGUUCGCAGACGGUGUUUAUCUGGUGCUGCUGAUGGGGCUGUUGGAGGGAUACUUUGUGCCGCUCUACAACUUUUUCCUCACACCAGAGAACUUUGACCAAAAGGUCCACAACGUGUCCUUCUCCUUCGAGCUGAUGCAGGACGGCGGUCUGGAGAGACCAAAGCCACGACCAGAGGAUAUCGUGAACUGUGACCUUAAAUCGACACUGCGCGUCCUUUACAACCUCUUCACCAGGUACCGGAACGUAGACUGAGCACCACGUUUGACGAAGAGGGAACACUUUAUACCACGGACCACACGUUAAAGCUUAAAUAUGAUUUUUUUUUUCUUUCUUUCUAUUUGUUGUAAAAAUCUGUUUUUAUCUGAAUGCAUGCGUCACAUUUUGUCCAAUGUAUCGCACACAAAUUUUUGUUAAAUUCCUGCAGAGACAUUCGGCUCCUGUGCCACAAAACGCUUGGUUUUUUAUUGUAAAUUGGGCAUUUAUGAACUAAAUAAGAUAGCCGAUAUUAAUGUUUAGUUAGGUCGUAUUUUCCCCCUUUAUCGACAGCACGAAGGGGAGAUUUUAGAUGAACAACACGUAUCUGUUAAUCCAGAAAAGAAAAAUUGUAACUGUAUUUAUUGUACAUUUUUGAUACACUCUUUUCAUUCUUUCUUCUCUGCUUUUUGUUCUUUGUCAUUCGUAAGUGCCUUUAUUUAAACAUGUGAACACGGUCUGAUCCCGAUGCUUCGUAUCGGGGACGUACGUGUCUCCCCGGUUUGUCUUAACGCUUCAGAUUUUCUUUUGCACGUGUGGAGGAACAUUUGAAAUAUUUGACCAAAGCUCUGUUGUUGUAUUCGCACUGUAAAACUACAUAAAGGCUUUACUCAGCAGA